AUGCCGGGAUCAUCAACAAGUAGAGGGCCGCAAGAGUGGCCACCCAGGGUGCUUGGGUUGCUGGCGCUUGCGUCGACUGCAUCAGCACUGUCGUUGGCCAACUUUCAGCUCAUCACUUCCAAUGCAAUACCUUCGCCAUGCAUAUUAGCAUACAACACCCCAAUCGCCGGCUGUACGACAACUGAUUUCAUGAACGGAAACCAAUGCUCGUCGCUAUGUAUAAAUGGGCUGUUGGAAGAAGCUUCGCUUGUACAGGCCAUUUGUGGAGGUCUUGACGUUAAUGCGCAGUCACUGCUUGGCUUGACACUGAACAACAAAUUGUUGGAUACGCUUUGUCCAGGAUCGACUGUUGGUACGACCACAGUUAGGGUGACGGUUCAACCUUCUACCUCGACGAGAGUAGCAUCGACGACAUUAUCUUCACGACAGACUUUGACGACGACAAGCUCGAGUGCCAUCGUUGUCACAACUGCAACAUCUAGUUCCACACAAACAAUCAUUAGUAGCUCGAUCAUCAGCAGCGUGCCGUCGCAAACUACUAGUAGCACAAUACAGACCUCCACUGCCAGCACAGCAGCCAUCACCUCUGGAACCGCACAAGCUACAAGUAUAGAAUCGACAAGUACUGCCGCACAACCCGAGGCCACACAGGGAGGUGGGAGCCCCUUUGAUGCAGUUAGACAAAGUCGAGGCAUAUGUUUGGGUAGCACGAGGUCGACACAGACGUUAAUGGCUGUGUUGAGCAUAGCCGUGCUGCUGUUAUAA